CCUCAACGUACAUCUUGUUCCAUCUUACCAACUUGGCACUGUCUUGCACCAAGCAACCAUGUCUUGGAGUGUGAACAAGAUGGACGAGGUGCAGAGGAGAGGCCCUCUUCUUCGGCCUGAAGGGCAUUCGGACCAGCAUCCCGGCGAAGCCGAUUGCAAGCUUGGAGGAAGCGUGGCGAUGCCUCUGGGGCGAGGAUCUUGAGCACGCUGUCAAAGCAGCAUUUGUGCAACUGCACGCUCGCCGAGUAUGCCACGGCGAUGUCAGCAGCUCGGACGUCCUCGUUGAAUGGAAGAAGGUCGCCGUCCAGUCGGGAGCACUCCCUACCUCAGCAACGACUCUGGAGGCCUGGAGUUUGCGUGGGAUGGUCCAAGAAGCGCAGAAGCAGAUGCAGGUCAAUGAUGAAGCCUUCUGCGCAGCAGCGCGAGAGGUAGGACAGCAUGCUCAGACGAAGAUGGAGCACGCUUCUGGAGUUGCGUCAGAGGUAUCGGAGUCUCCUCUCAGCCGUCUCAGAAGUGACGUUAAGGCUCACGUCUGGCUUGUCGACUUUGCUGACUCUACGAUUGUCCAGGAGGGUGAAGAAGGAGACACACUCCUCGCUUCAGAAGCUCGCGACGUCGAGCAGGCCUUGAGACGGUGGAUGAGCAGGCGCUUCUAAGAGACACGACGCCGGCCGAUCAAGGGAGCCUGUCGGAAAGAAGAUCAGAAGCAGUGUAUGCGACUCUUCAGCGCACACAAGAUCACCAGGGCUUCCCUAUGCAUACGAAACACUUUGAUGGGCUAGUCUGAGCCACAAAUUGCUUUGCUUCAAAGUACACAAGCGGCAUCGAGCUCAAAUAACAGCUCGAGACUCACGCGUACACCAAACGUUACAUGUAAUGUAGCUUGGCCCGCCACUGCUACAAUUGAACAAACAACCUAUCUAUGUCUCACACAUCGACCUCUGUGCACCUCACAUCCCCUUCUUCUCCCUCCGACUCUUAGCGGCUUUACUCCCCAAAUCCUCCUCUGCUUUAGACUUGACCAUGCCCAGGAAGGUCUGAUGUCCACUCCCAUCAAUAAGACCCUGCAGUGCCUCUUCAUUACCCAAUCCCAACCCACC